GUGCGCCUCAUUCCGAGGUGUUCCAGUAGUGUGAGUGCACGGCUCCGGGAGCUACAUUUCCUCAUAGUGUCCGUUGACGUGAUAUGGCUUCGUUGGUCGGCAAACCAUUGGCUAUCGACUUGGGGGUCAAAAGAGAAGCGGUCAUCGUAGAGAACGUCAAGUCCGAAUCAGUCGACAGGAGUACGGUGCUGGUAGACAACACGUCCGACGUUAGGUGCAAAAGGAGGAUCAACUUCGCUUAUUCCGGGAUGCAACCGGCUUCCGUGGCUAGGAGGAACGCGAGGGAGAGGAACCGCGUCCGACAGGUCAACAACGGGUUCGCCACCUUGAGAAACCACAUCCCCUUGUCUGUCGCGGCGGCUUUGGGAGCGUCCAACGCCGGACGCGGUGCCUCGAAGAAGCUCAGCAAGGUCGAAACGCUACGCCUGGCAGUCGAGUACAUCAGGUCUCUUCAGGAUCUGCUCGACGAGUCCGGCAACGGCUCGGAAAACUACUAUAAAGAAUGCAAGAUGGAACUGUCGCCCGUAUGUUCCGACGCCUCCGACUCGCCGCCUCCUUCCACCUCCUCUUAUCAAUCCGAACCGUCCUACAACGGCAACACCUACCACCACGACAACUACAGCCCGAUGAGCCCCGAGGACGAGGAGCUCCUCGAUGUCAUCUCGUGGUGGCAGCAAUCGCAAUAGCUAAGAAUCUUCUUUUGACAACGGAAGAAGAAAUCAGCUUGUCCCAAGAUCUCCCCAAGGUGGUCAGACCCUCUCAACUGUACAUAUCAAGACAAAGACAAAAAAGAACAGUCUAGUUAUUUAUUUAAAGGUUCCCUUUUACUAAUUUUAACUUUUACUUGUACAUAACGGAAAUAAUGGAGGCAGGGAGUGCAAAUUUAAUUUGCUUAAUUUAUGGAGACUCUGUUACCAAAUAGUCUGCGGUUCUGCGUACAGAAGCUGAAACGGCUGCCGCGGAACCGCCUUUCGAACAUGUAGUUUUCGUUUUCCAACUUAACUUUCGCAAAGUCGGAAAUCGACUGUCUACAUGUAACCGGUCUAAUUUGUACCAGUUACAAGGGUCAAAUAAUGAAAAAGACUUUUUUUAUUUUCUAGUCAAAAGUGGAAAUUUGCUAUAUAUUUUUUUUUAAAUUGUAAUGUAAAUAAUUAUUAGGUUAAAAUUUUAGUUCAAGUGAUAGAAAUUUGCUCUAAUUCUCAAAGUGAUCGUGUUUAGGCAAAAAGGGGUCUUGAGGCUUCGUUCACGUUCAGAUAUCCCGGUGGCCGGUCUAAAGCGAAAUCUGUUAAAAAUUAAUUGUUAUCGUUUCUGUGAUACGACUAAAUUAAUCCCGUUUGAAAAAAUAAUCAAAAUCUCCUCCUCGACGUCGAUGGAUGCUGACAUUUCCAGAGAUGCCUGAACGUUUACGACGACCUCGCAACCUCUUAUAGUUUAAAAUGGUGCAUCCGUGCCUUCAUUCAAUUUGUGAUCAAUAACGUUUACUAUGUGGCCUUAGAAAAAUACUUAAUACUCUAAAAAGACGCCGUGACAAUAAUAAAUCGCAGGUGAUGCUAUUUUUUAUUAUUAAGGUAUUUUUGUACAAAUCGACCAAGUUAUGAAUAUUGUAGUUGCUAUCUAGUUGAUAAUUUUAAUGAUUUUUUUCGUAAUGUUAUCAGUCAAUUGAUGCUAUGUCUUUAAAGUUUAAGGGCCAUAUUUAUGGUUAAGCCAAUGGUAAUAUUGUUCCGACCUUGUUAUAUUUUGUAUAUAAAUAUUUUAUAUGGAUAUUAUAUU